AUGUUUGUGCAAAACCCCAACUUUCCCGAUAAUCUUGACAUCCGCCCCUCUAUCCUGAACGGUGUUGUUCGACAAGGCAAAGAUAGCGAGCGCGUCUUUGGGGUAGAAGCUCAAGAGGAUGCAAUUCGUCUCUACGGGAUCGCUGGAAGAGUAUGGGAGGCGGCGUACGCGUUGUCUGCGUAUGUUUCUCCACCCUCGGACUGGAACUUUGAACCCCCUUUUGUUUCGGACGCAGCAAGGAUUCACUCUCUAACGAUGAUCGAACUGGGAUCUGGUUCUGGGUUGGUUGCUUCGGGUAUCAUCAAGACACUCGAACCUCGAGAUCUUUUCAUCGCUACCGAUCUUCCUGAGGUUUGCCCGCUACUCUAUCAGAAUAUCUGUUCGGUAACCGAUGGUAAUGGCGUGGGGGUCAUACGACCGCUUUCUUGGGGAAAUGUUGAGCACGUCAACGCGCUCAAAACAGAGUUUUUCUCGGAUUCGGCACGGGGCGGACCCACGCAUAUUAUUUGUAGUGAUCUGGUCUAUUUCCCAGAACUCCUUGCCCCACUGCUUCGAACCCUUUUAAGCCUUUCCUCCCUUCGACCUUGCACAGGUAAUGCGAUGGAAAUUAUUUUUUCCUAUAAAAUCAGAAGCCUCGCAAAGGAAUCCCUUUUUUGGUCUGCGCUGGGUCUUUGGUUCAAAUUUGAACCUGUCAUUGUCAUGAGGGACGGGGAGGAGUGGCGACGCUUCGGCUCAGAUUCCGAGGACCCAACAUUCAUCUUCGUUGCUUCUCGCCGCGCCAAUUCCUACACUUGGCUAGUACCUGAUGACGACAAUGACCUUUUACACGGCGUCGGAGCGCAUGGAACAGCUUCUCGCAAAGGGGAUGAGACAUUCGAGUCUCUUUUACUGAUGUCGCUGGAUGAGGGGGAAGUUUUCCCAUAA